AGCAGCAUAUAUUUCGGUUUGUAGCUAAACAGCUGUUGAAUCGAGAGCUGUAGUAGUCCAUAAGCGAUGAGACGACUGGCCUUUGUUUACAUUUUCCUGGCUUUCAUGGCCAUCCAAAGCAAUUUAGCAUUUGCCAGCUUCGACCAAAAGUCGCCAAACAUAGUGAUAAUACUAACCGAUGAUCAAGAUGUGGAUUUGGAUGGCUUAUUUCCCAUGAACAAUGUUAAACAUUUGAUUGGUGAGGCUGGCGCUACAUUUGAGAAUGCUUACACCUCUUCGCCGCUUUGUUGUCCCUCAAGAAGCAGUCUGUUGUCCGGCAAAUAUGCUCACAAUCACCAUGCCCGCAACAACUCUUUAAGUGGUGGCUGCAAUGGACCUUUUUGGCGUUCGAAAAUCGAGCUAAAUCAAACCAUGGCCACUUUACUGAGUGCAGUGGGCUACAACACAUUCUUUGCAGGAAAAUAUUUAAAUGCUUAUCAAGGCUCGGAAGUUCCAAACGGUUGGCAACAGUUCUAUGGGCUUCAUGGCAAUUCUCGGUAUUACAAUUACACCCUACGCGAAAACGAUCGCAAUGUCAGCUAUUCCGAUGUGUAUCUAACAGAUUUGCUAAAGGACAAAGUGUUGAACUUUUUCAACGCAAGGGACAAAUCUUCACCUUUUCUGGCUAUGAUAGCCCCUCCAGCUCCCCAUCAGCCAUUUACUCCAGCUGAUCGCCAUAAGGGGGCAUUUAAGGGCAGCACAGCCAAAAGAACUCCCAGUUACAACAAGCCGGACAGGGAAAAACACUGGUUGUUGGCUGAGUCCAAGCAAAUAUCGCCAGCCACUCUUAAGCUUAUGGAUUCCUUCUUUCAACAACGUUGGGAAUCUCUAUUGGCCGUAGAUGAAUUGGUGGCAGCAGUUGUUGAAAGCUUAAGCAACUCGGGUGAAUUGGACAACACCUAUAUAAUCUAUACCUCGGAUAAUGGCUAUCACUUGGGACAAUUUGCCCAGCCUUUUGAUAAACGUCAACCGUAUGAAACAGAUAUUCAUAUACCUUUGUUAAUAAGGGGACCCUCCAUAAAAUCUGGAGUUAAAGUUACCGCACCCACAUUGCUAAUCGAUAUCUUACCCACCAUUAUGGAGUGGACAAAUUUGCCAUUGGACUCACUUAUGGAUGGCCAAUCGUUUCAACCUUUUCUCACCAAUGCCGAUGGAUAUGAUGCUUCCAGCGAUCCUCUUUUUCGUCGUGGCUUUUUGAUACAACACUUUGGUGAAGGCAAUUUGCAAACAUAUAAACCUGAAUGUCCCAUGUGGCAGCCUGCUGAUCGCCUCGCCGAAUGCACUUUGGAAGCGGAUUGUCAUUGUCAGGAUUCAUGGAACAAUACCUAUGCCUGUGUUAGGAAUUUUGCCCAUCGCAUUAAUCAUUUGUAUUGUGAAUUUCAUGAUAACGAGGAUUUUAUAGAAUUCUAUGAUCUGGAUGAAGAUCCACACCAGCUAUACAACACGGGCCAACAAAUGUUAAUUAUUGAGAGAGCACUUUAUAGUUUGGCCUUACAGAAUUUGACCCAAUGCCAAGGGGCAUCAUCAUGUUCAAUUCAUAUAUUCUAGAUCAAAGAUUCUCAGACAUUAAAACUUUAAGUAUGUAUAUAUGUAAAUA